UCUUGUGUAAAAUGGAUCUCGAUUCAGUUAUUUUCCUAUAAAAAGUGAGACAAAAAUAAACUUUUUUUCAUCUGUCAUUUAUCAUUGAAUUUUUUGGUUCUGAUUUUUUUCAGUUAUUAUUAGUUUCUUUAUUUUGAGUUGUGACAAUAAAACAGCAAAAAAAUCAUUUAAAAUUUUUCCUGUUGUUGAAUUUUGUAUAAAUUUCCUUGUUCAAAAUUGUUUUUAUAUUGAUUUGUAAUCUUUAACCGUUAUCGACUACUAUUUUAUUUGAAAUUUGCUCAACGAAAUGGCACAUUUGCUCAAUACUUGUUGGUAUUAUUGUCAUCAAUAUUGGAUCGAUAUUCAAGAUCCACGUACAGCCGAUUAUCCAAUGGUUGGCGGUGGUGCAUGGAAAAUUGUCUUGGUUAUCUUAACUUAUUGGCUAUUAGUGAAAAAAAUUCUUCCAUAUUAUAUGCAAAAUCGCGCACCGUAUGAUCUAAAAAUUAUUAUUGUCAUCUAUAAUUCGAUAAUGGUCAUCUCUAAUGCGACAUUCUUUUUUAUGUUAUUAAAUUAUGUUGAUGGUCGAUUAUUUUUUGAUUUCAAAUAUCCUGAUCGCAAUGACCGUAGUCCGAAGACAAUGACAAUGCUUUGGCUUGCAUGGUUUGGUUAUUUAUCAAGAUUUUUUGACAUGUUUGAUACGAUAUUCUUUGCUUUGCGAAAAAAAUAUAAUCAAAUAACAUUUCUUCAUGUAUAUCAUCAUAUGAUUGUACCGUUUUUGGGUAAGAUUCUUCAUUAUGUUAAAAUAUUCUUGAUACUUUAUUGCUCUUUGAAUAUUCAUUUAGGCUGGUUUUCAUUCAAAUUAAAUCCAAUAAUACCGAUUAUUAUGAUGUUUGCAGCUUUUAACACCGUUAUUCAUGUGAUAAUGUAUUCAUAUUAUGCGUUAGCAGCGUUUGGACCAAAAAUGCAAAAAUAUUUAUGGUGGAAAAAAUAUAUCACACAAUUACAAUUAUUACAAUUUUUGAUCUGUGGCCUUUAUGGAAUAAUAUUAUAUUUUCGUCAAACGGGCUAUCCAAUGACAUGGUUUGUCAUUGCCGUUGGACAAAAUCCAAUAUUUUUCUACAUGUUUUAUGAUUUUUAUCGACGAUCAUAUCGAAAUGAAUCAAAACAAUUGAAUAAAAAUGAUAAAUCCAUGAUCACUAAUGAUAAUGGUAAAAAAAGUUUAUGAGAAAAACAACUCAUAACAAAUUUUAUAGAUACCUUGAUUAAUAAAUUUUAAAUUAUAUAUGUAUUUUUUCAAAU